GAGAAUGUUUUAGGCAGGUUGAGGAGAGUAAAGUGAGGCAGCAGCAAAACAUCGACACUUGUGGAGGUGCUGACGCUUCCUAACUUUCUCUACAUUACUUAACCUCCAUAACAAAAUGAGUCGCAGGAAGUUCGACGAAAUGUCUGAUUACGACUCAGGUCGUGAUCGGAAAAGGCGCCGUACUGAUGCUGUUGAAAUUGAAGACCGUCUCGAGUCUUUGAUUAUUCGUGUGGGAGAAAAGAGCACAUCAUCCCUGGAGAGCAACCUUGAAGGUCUGGCAAGUGUUCUGGAAGCUGACAUCAAUAAUUACAAGAGUAAGAUUCUUAAGAUUCUCAGUGAUUGUGCUGUAAAGAUGCCAGAAAAGACUACUAUAUACACUACGCUGGUUGGCCUUCUAAAUGCUAAGAAUUACAACUUCGGUGGAGAGUUUGUCGAUAUGAUGGCACGCAAGCUGAAAGAAGCGCUAAAGGCGUGUAUGUGGAAAACAGCUCGUUAUGUCUUACGGUUCUUUUCUGACCUCGUCAACUGUCAUGUCAUCUCUACCAAUUCACUUCUUCAGCUAUUACAUACUUUUCUAGACACAGCACGUGAUGAUAACUCUCCACAAGUGCGUAGUGAUACCUAUGUGUAUGCUGUGCUGAGCUGUCUACCAUGGGUUGGUCGAGAAUUAUACGAAAAGAAAGAGCAAGACCUAGAACGUUUACUAAAACACAUUGAGAUAUAUGUUAGAAAACGUAGUCGCAAGCACGUCCCAGGCCUCAGGGUGUGGCGUUCAGACAGACCACAUCCACAAGAGGAGUACUUAGACUGUUUAUGGGCCCAGAGCCCACCAACGCUUCUAUGAUGGCCUAAUUGCACUCUUAACUGCACUAACGUAUGUAGAACCCAGCAUGACCCAAGACAGACAACAGUGAUACCUACAAACCGAUAAACUACGGAUUGAAGUGAAGACUGCCCCACAAACUCCGAGCACAACCCCGCUGCCAGACGACUACCUACUCCAAGCUGUUAACCAUCUUAGUUUCUUCAUCUAACCACAGCAACUCCUGUACUACUAUGAGACCAACUAAUAGAAGAAACAGCACUAAGAACAGCAAGGCAGCACCUAGAAAUCGACUGUUCCAUAAGACGACCCAGCAGGACGCCAGUGCUCCAUCCAGCCAUCCAUUACAACCCAGAGCGACGCAUCACCAACAACAAACAUGGCCGACUCACCCUCACCCACCAACCAAGGUGACGCUACAACAACAACAACAACAACAACCGUGACUGACUCCCUCUCUACCUCUACUACCUUCAUAGGAUUUAACCCAGCUGAUAUGCUCCCAGGUAUGACUAAUGAUCUCUGAUACUCUAAAGAACUACAUCACCACCCUAACAGCGGAUAACUUGAAUCUUCGUGCUGAAAAUACAUCUCUUUGUGCAACAUUAACAAACCAUGAAUCUAAGUUACUUCACCUUGAGAAUAAGUUCAACAGCCUUGAACAAAGCUAACAUCAACUGGCAUGACUGAUUUUGGCAAGACCCUCCAAUCAGUCAUAGCCAGCCACACAGAUCAAAUAACCUCCCUAAACACGAAGAUUGAUUAUGUCGUCAAGGACUGGAAAAUAAAUAUGGAUACCCAAUUGAACAAUUACUUUGCUUACCAAGAUGAUAAGGCAGAGCAAGACAAGUUAUCUGAUGCAGUAGUAAUUAACACUCCACUCCUUCCCAGCAAAUUAAACCAUUCCAUCUGCAAAGAUACAACUCUCUAGAUCAUAUGUGACCACCUACAGGUUAAUGUACCAGUGUCGGAAAUAAAAGAAUCGAGGUUACUAGGGAACCAAAGUAGAAAGUGUUAUGCUCAGAUUUCAUACACAAGACAGGAAAAAGAUCUAAUAAUUUCAUCAAUUAGAGCAAAAAAAAGAUAUAUACAUAAAUGAGUCUCGCAAGAAAACAACAGAACCUCCUGUACAGAGUGAGAAAACUAAAAUGUGAGAAUAAUGAUAAAAUUCACCAGUGCUUUGUACGUGAUGGACAAAUUCUAGUAAGAAAAACAAAUGUAGGCCGUGUGUACUACAUUACAAGUGAAAAUGAACUAGCAAACUUCCUUCGUGAUGCAGACAUUACAGAGUCUGACUGAUAUUAGUGACCAAAUCCUUACUACGUUAGUGUAUGUUAUUAUAUCAUUAUUGAACUAAUACCUGUACUGUCACCUAGAUAGUAUUUACUACCUCAUUAUCCCAGGUGUCCCACACAGCUCUUUGUGUGACCCAAUUUGUGUUAUCUUCCCAGAUUCCCAAUUCACAAAUUAUUAUUUGUUAAUAGGAUACUUACUCUUUAACCCUUUCAGGGUCCAAGGCCCAAAUCUGGAGUCACG